AUGGCCAGCAAGAAGGCGGGGAGCAUCCAGCCAGGGCAGCACAAUGUCACCAGGCUGUCCACGGGGCUUACCGGGUCAGUGACUCAGCAAAGCAGCUUUUUCCAAAACCCUAAGAAUGCACUGCCUUCUCAAGUCUCUCCUGAGCUCCAAAAACUCCCAGGCCUUAGCAAAGUUUCCCCAAAUGAUUGUUCUACUGGUCUGCACUCAUCGAGUGUUCAGCUGUCAAUUGUGAAUUAUGAUAACCAUCAAAACAGAACUGACCAUCCUCAACACACCAUCUCAAAGAAUAGUCACUCACACCCCAGUUGCUCACAAUCAAUACAAGAUAAAAUGACAGUGAGUAGAGCAAACAGGUCUCAUGAGAUGACUGCAGAAAGAGCGAGUCAGACAGCAGAGAAAUUCUGCAAUAAAUGGCAACAUAUUAGAAAAACACCUGUACAAAAUAAAGUACCAGUUCGGAAAGCACCUAAACCCAUCAUAGAUCCAGCACCCAUAAGGAAAAGAACAGCUCCUAUUAACCCUGCUUAUACAGUUCGAAAGUCAAGAGGUACCAGGAGUGUCCUUACAAGGCCUUGUAGGGACAGGGUGCUUCAUUUACUGGCGUUGAAGGACUACAGUGAAUGUGAACUGCUUAUUCGACUGGAGAAAGAUAGUAUCAAAGAAAAUGAGAAAAACUCCCUUGCAAAUAUUCUGCAUGAGGUAGCCAAUUGGAAUAGCCAAAAUUGUUCAUAUUCCUUAAAAGAUUCUGCUUUCACAGAAGUCCAAAGAGACUGGCCAGGAUAUAAUGAGGCAGAAAGGCAGACACUGGAGUCGGUGCUUUCCAACAAAGUAGGUCCAUUUCCUAAUCCAAAAUCUUCUCCAGAUUCUAGUAGCGACUUCACAUUCUCUCCUGAGGAUCAAUGUUUCAAUUCAGUUGGUACUAAUGAUGUCAUGAUAAAUGAGUUUAGUAUAUCUCACCUGACAUCAGCAAUGGAGUCAGCAUCACAUUGCCACUUACAUGAUGACACUGAAAUCAAUGAAAUCAAUUCAUAUACUACCAAAGAUUUUCUUGUACCCUUAACUCCAUCCCAUCUGCUCACUUCGCAGUCGCCUCUGCCUCUAAAUUCCAACUAUACUUCUUGUAGCACCGCAAAGAGUCCUGGGACUGAUGAUCCAUACGUUCUCACUAUUAUUGAAGACAGUAGCAUCUUUAGGAGUCAGCAAAAUGAACACAUUUCCGCACAAAUGUCAGCCUCUCUUUCAAAUCAAAACAAUCAUCUGGAGAUGGUGGAGAGAAAAUAUUGGGUGUCUGAAGAGAAUUCCAAUUAUAAAUUUACAGAAUUUGAAGCAAAUAUCCAAAAUUAUAGUAUUGACAUGAUGGAGACUCAGAAGGCAGACUCUGACCAACAAGAGAAAAGGGCAAGCACAAAAUCAAGCAAAAACUUUAACAAAGAUAGUUCUGCCUCUGGAAAGACUCCGCUACCAUCUGUGUCUCCAGAUUAUUAUAGUAAAUACUUCACAAUACAUUCCUCUAAGAAGCGUCGUCGUUAUGAGCAGGAUUUUAGAGCAGAUUAUGAUGAAUACUACCCCCUGCACUGCAAAAUACUGAAGUUGUCUAGAGAAGCUAAUCACCUAGAAUGGCAAAGGAGCUUCUUUUCUCCUGAUUCAAAAGAAUAUCAGUAUAUUACUGAAAAGCUCUCAGUAGAGUAUCGGAAGAUAGAGGAAGCUAACCCCAAUUGGUCUGAAGAACGUGAUAGAUGUUCAUAUCUGUAUAACAAGCUGACUCACAUAAAAAAUUUAAUCAUAGCUUUUGACCAGAACAGAUCUUACAGAAAACAACAGCGAGCCCUUAAACGUGAAGAAAGUUAAGCUUACCUAAUAAAUUCCCAAUAACUUGCUCUACGUUUCUAAAGGGGUAAAACUG